ACCUCAAAGACCAAAAUGUAUGACAGUUAAGCGAGCGAAUCAUUUAGGAACUGAUAAUAGGUUACAGGUCGAACUGCCGGUGCCGGAUGCUGGGCAGUUACAGGCCGCCGCGGUCCAGCCUUCUCGCCAGUGUGGCAGGAUCCGUGUUGCCAGCUGGCCUUCUGCAGGACGUGUCGUGUUGUGCGGUCGCCUCGUAGGCCUGGAGAAUCAGAUAUAUUUCAACGAAAAAGGACCCGCGAUGUGGACCAAAGUGAAUUACACGCUAUUAACACUUCUCUACGUCAUCGCUCUGGGUAACAGGGAGUCUGUCGGCCAAAACGCAGAGAAACCAGAUUCGCCUCUAGUCCAAGCCGCAGCCAGAGCAGAUUGGGACACCGUCGUCCAUCUCAUAGAAAACGGGACCGAUCCCAACGAGACUAAUAAUGCAGGUACGACUGCACUGACUUGGGCUGCACAUCACGGCCAGCUGGACGUCUGCAAAGUCCUGCUGAAACACGGUGCUAACAUCGACCAUAAGAAUAACCAUGGUUCCUCAGCUCUGUCCUUCGCUGCCAGACGGGGUUACGCCGACCUCACCAAAAUGCUGCUCGACGCGGGAGCUGACGUCAAUAUUACAACGAAUAGUGGCGACUCGCCCCUGACCUGGGCUGUCUACAAGAACCACUACCAAGUCACUGCAAUGCUGGUCGCCGCCGGUGCCGACGUAAACCAUGCUAAUAAUAAAGGUCUGACAGCCCUCUCCCUGGCGGCGUCUCAUGGCUUGGCGAACAUCACGCGCAUGCUGCUCAGGGCCCGGGCGAGCGCGAACGUCGUCGACACCGCCAAUCGCUCUCCGCUGUACCUGGCGACGGAGAGUAACUACACAGAGGUUGUUGCCCUUCUGCUGUAUCGGUGUCCUAACCUUCUCCUUAUGGAUAACCUGCACAGAACGGCGCUGGACGUGGCAGACAUCGAAGGCUUCACUCGCAUUUCCGAACUCAUAAAGGCCCACCAGGAUCAAAAGUGUGUCCUGGGCGAUCACCAUUAUUCCCACAGGGACGUCGUCACGCGCGGGUGUUACCUCAUGGAGUGCCACUGCAGCGGGGACUGGACGGUCAGGCCACGCCCACAUCCUGACUGCGAGCACAAGAGCGUGAGUGGCAGAGCGGCCAAGGCUGUCAAGGUCGGAAUAUGGAUCAUCGUCGCCCUGGCUAUCCUCCUGGUGGUCGGGGUCAGCGCCCAUGUUGUGAGGCGGACGCGAUACUGAAGGGCGGCUCUGCCCUUUUAACCCCCUUUUCUCCUACGGCUGUGCUUUCAAUUCCCCUUUUUUCCUGUGACUGUUCCCUUUACCUCCCUUUUCCCAUGUGUCUGUUCCCUUUUACCUCCCUUUUCUCCUGCGGCUGUGCUUUCUAUUCCCUUCUCCUGUGGAUGUUCUCUCUGUCUCUCUGGCUGUUCUUUCUACCUCCCCUUUCCCCUGCGGCUUUUUUCUCUGUCUCCCUCUCCUCCUUUGGCUGUUCCUUUUAUCUCCCUUUUCUCCUGCGGCUGUUCUUUCUGCCUCCCUUUUCCCUUGCGGCUGUUCUCUGUGUUCAUCUCCACCUGUGGCUGUUCCCUUUACCUCCCUUUUCUCCUGUGGCUGUGCUUUCUACCCCCUUUCCCCCCGCGGCUGUUCUCUCUAUCUUCCUCUCCUCCUGUGGCUGUUCUUUCUACCUUCCUCUUCUCCUGCCGCUAUUCUUUUUACCUCCCUGUCUUCCUACGUCUGUUCUCUCUACCUCUUUCUCCUCUUUCUACUUCUUCUUUUUUUCGUGCGGCUCUUCUCUUUACGUCUUUCUCCUUCUGCAGCUGUUCUGUCUACCUCCCUCUAUUCCCGAGGCUGUUCUCUCUACUUCCCUUUUUUCCUGCGGCUGUUCUCUCUACCUUCCUCUCCUACUGCAGCUGUUCUCUCUACUUCCCCAUUCUCCUGCAGUUCUUCUCUCGCCCUGCAAA